AAAAUUUCCAUAUCCUUCAUAUUCUCAUAUUCUAUUAUCGUAUUCUUAGGAAUACAACUAAUAUAAAACCUUCACUAACCAUCCUCGCCAACCUUAAAAAUGCCAAAAUUUGUGCCGCGGCAGAGGAAACACAAAGUUAUUGCGCGCCAGAAGGCUCAGCAAAAUGAAAUCUCAGGUGGUGAUAAUGAACCUGUACAAACCGACAGUAACGCCCUGGAAAUUCUGCCGGACGCUCAAAAAGCUGCCCGUGAAGCCAAGAGGGCUCAACUAAGAGAAGAGUUGAAGGGCCAAGUCAAAGUGACUGGCAAAAAGGCCAAACGUCUUGAAAAGUAUAUUGAUACAAAACUCAAGAAGGAUGAAAAUCGAAUCCUCUUAGCUGGAUUGGCUAAGAACAAGAUCGAUACUAGCUUGUUCUCAAGUACUCGGACACUUGGCCAGGGCAAAGAGACGAAACGCCAGGCAUUCAGCCGCGCCUUGAGGGAAAGGCAAGCUGGUGUUGGCCAUGAGGAUGAGGACCUUCUUUUUGAGAGGAGAAGAGAUGCUCCGUUGAGCGAUGAAUCCGACGACGGGGAGGAGGAAUCUUCAAAGACUACCGGUUUUAAUCGAUUAGGUGGCCAAGCAUCGCAGAAUGUUGUGUCGGUAACCAACGGACAUGGUGCGAAUAUUUCCAAGGCUGCGCCACCAGAAACAUUACCAGAAAAGUUACCAACGACAGUGGGAUCCGGAUUGAAACGACCUUUAGACUUGGACGACGAAGGGCGACCAGUCAUACAAAAGAGACAGAAGCGCGGUGGUGUAAAGUCCAAGAUAUCAAUGAAGCAACAAUUGGCACAGGCUGAAACCACCCCCAACGAUUCGGACGAAUCUUUGGACGGAGAUGAUGCUAGCGAUGAGGACGAGUGGAACGGUGUUAGCUCAGAUGAAGCUGCCCACCAGUCAGGUGAUUCCCAAGAUAACUCUGAAGAGGGGUCGUCAGAUGCAGAAUCCAGUAGCGAUGAUGACGAUUCAUCUGAAGAGGAACUUGAUGAUUCAACGAAAAAGGAGAGAUCUUCGGCUUUCAAAGCGUGGGCCCACGAGCAACGCAACUCAGCUCUUGGCUAUGAACCUACCAACCAUAAUAAUGCCGUUCUUAAUAUUACAGUCCCUGAAAAUUUCAAACCACGUCCACUGGAGCAAGAUCCAUUGCCAAUGGAAUUAUUACCAACAAAGGAUACUGGAAGGAAAGCUUUCGGUGUAUCGGUUCAGAGGACACCUGAAAUCCAAGAGGCGCGGCUCAAGCUUCCAGUUGUAGCUGAGGAACAGAAGAUCAUGGAAGCUGUUCAUAACAAUAAUGCGGUGGUAAUAUGUGGCUCGACGGGAUCUGGUAAAACGACGCAAGUACCACAAUUCUUAUUCGAAGCCGGAUACGGCUCUCCUGGAUCUCCAACGCCGGGUAUGAUCGGAGUGACACAACCAAGGAAGGUCGCUGCGGUGAGUAUGUCGAAACGUGUUGGACAAGAGCUAGGCGAUAAGUCAAAUUCCGUGGCGUACCAAAUCCGAUUUGAAGGCAACGUCGAUGAGAAAACUGCCAUCAAAUUUAUGACAGAUGGCGUGCUUCUCCGAGAAGUUGCCAAUGACAUUUCGCUCCGCAAAUACUCCGCCAUCAUAAUUGAUGAGGCUCACGAGAGGAGUGUCAAUACAGAUAUUCUCAUUGGUAUGCUCAGUCGAGUCGUCAAAUUACGAGAGGAAAUGUCGGCGGAAGACCCCAAAUUAGGUCCUUUAAAGCUAAUCAUCAUGUCCGCUACGUUACGAGUGGACGACUUCAUACGCAACAAAACACUUUUCCCGAUACCACCGCCUGUUCUUAACGUUGAGGGUCGCCAGCAUCCGGUGACUAUGCAUUUUUCUAGACAGACUCGCCAUGACUACGUGGACGAAGCUUUUAAGAAGAUCAUGAGAGGACAUCGCAAACUACCCCCAGGCAGCUUCCUUGUUUUCUUAACCGGACACGAUGAAAUUCAGAGGUUGAGUAAGAAGCUUAAACUAGCUACCGGCGCUUUAAAUCCAAUCACCUACCCCAAGGUUCGAAUAUCUGCCAACGAUGCGCCCUUAGAAGUCGAGGAUAUCGACUUUGGGGAGACCAACGAACUGGGCCAUGAUGACGAUGGCUUACCAUUUAUGGAUGAGGAAGAGGAUGAAUCAGACGAUGAUGCCGAGUUUGACAUUCCGGAAGAAGGUAGUCCUACAGGGCCCCUAAAAAUGCACGUGUUGCCGUUGUAUUCACUACUACCAACGAGAGAGCAGAUGAGGGUGUUUGAUGACCCACCAGAGGGCUCACGGGCGAUUAUACUUGCAACGAACGUUGCUGAGACCAGUUUGACUAUACCCGGCAUUCGCUACGUAUUUGAUUGUGGCCGAUCAAAGGAACGAAAAUACAACAAGGAAACUGGAGUCCAAAGCUACGAGAUCGGGUGGAUUAGCAAAGCCAGUUCAAAUCAGCGAGCUGGACGUGCUGGUCGAACCGGUCCGGGCCAUUGCUACCGAUUAUACUCCUCUGCUGUAUAUGAACGGGAUUUCCCCGAAUUCGCUGAACCCGAGUUAUCGAGAAUGCCCAUCGAAGGCGUUGUGCUUCAACUUAAGGCCAUGCGAUUACAACACGUAGUCAACUUCCCCUUCCCUACCCCUCCGGAACGACAGAGUCUCGCAAAGGCGGAGAAGCUACUUCAGUAUCUUUCAGCAAUCACCACUUCCGGUCAAGCCACUCAGAUCGGAUCAACAAUGGCCAAGUUUCCAUUGCCACCUCGCUUUGCGCGGAUUCUUCUGGUUGGGCAUCUGCACGAGUGCUUGCCAUAUACAGUUGCGCUUGUGGCAGGACUAUCGGUGGCAGAGGUGUUUAUUCCAGAGAGCCAAGCGAUACCCGCUUUGUCUACCGAUACCGAGCGGGAAUUCCGCACCAAUGAGGAUGUGAUGGCAGAGAAUCGGCAAACCAAAGUGCGGCACAAGUACAACGAAGUGCACCGAAACUUCCGCUCGUUGGACGAUGCAUCCGAUGCCAUCAAGCUUCUCCAGGUUGUCGGAGAGUUCGCGCACGACCCGACGGAGCAGUGGUGCGAGAACCACUUCGUCCGGUCCAAGGCUCUUUCCGAAGCGCAGAAGCUCCGUCGGCAGAUCACCAGUCUCCUCCAGAAAGACAUCCCCGCAUUCGCGAACCUGACCUUCAAGGAGAAGCUCGACCGACCAACCCCCAAGCAAGUGACGGCACUCAAGCAGAUGGUAGCCGCCGGCUUCAUCGACCAGGUCGCCAUCCGCGCGGACCUAAGCGGCGCCCCUCCAGAAUUAUACCGGAAGCCCCGCCGCGCCAUCGACGUACCGUACGUGCCGCUGCAGCCCAUCGAAUCCCAGGACCGCCACCGCGACCCCAACGACGGCCUCGUAUACAUCCACCCCUCUUCCGCGCUCGCCCACCGCAGCCCGCAGGAGUGCCCCGAGUACAUCGUAUACUCGAACCUGCAGCGCGCCGCCGCCCCCCCAUCAUCCCUGGACACGACCGCCGUCGUAAAGAUUCCCAAGACCAGAAUGCUCGCCCUGACCGACGUCACCGGCGCACAGCUCGCUGCCUUGGCCAAGGGGACACCGCUCCUCACGUACGGAAAACCGAUCAAGGAGGUCAAGCUCUCCGAGACCGCCGGAGGAGCUGCUGCCGCGAGGAGAGAGUGCUGGGUCGUACCGUACUUGAGAGCCGAGGGCACGGGGGGCCAGGGCUGGCCGUUGCCGGUGACGAAGAUCGUACAGAAGAGAGUUGCUGGGAAAGGGUGGGUUGCGGAGUAAAGGGGGAUGGGGACGGGGACGUAAGGAGGGCUAGAGAGGUGCUGCUAUUGGAUGCUUGCCAAGUAACUAUAGGAAAUGUUGUUCUUCUUUUAGAUAUACCUGACUGUUACCUAUGGGCGAGCCCGUUUUGGUUUGGCGUAUUGGUUGCUACCUAGGUUAAGGUAUUUUGUUUAGGAGAAUAAAAAAGUUUACAUGCCUUACACCAAGAUAUAUUUGAUGAACCACUUUUAAUAUCUUCAAUUAUAAUCGUGC